AUUGACAUUGUCUGAUGGGAAAUAUUUUAAUAACAUGGCGACGGCGAAGUAAACAGAUAGGAUUUUCUCUAAUUUAACCGAAAGGAAUAGCAGUUUAAAGCUCAUUAAUUUCUUUAUUUGAACAGAAAGAAUGGCAGGGACUGCUGGUUAAAAAGAAAAAUGGUACAAGAAGAAUCAUCAAAUGGAUCUGACGAUUUAUUACGAGCUGGACAACACGUAAAAGAUCGAUGGAAAGUAACGAAGAAAAUUGGGGGGGGAGGUUUUGGCGAGAUAUACGAAGCAUUCGAUUUGGUUACAAAAGAAGCUGUCGCCUUAAAAUUAGAAUCGGCUCAACAGCCUAAGCAGGUGCUAAAAAUGGAAGUUGCAGUUUUAAAGAAAUUGCAAGGGAAAGACAACGUUUGCAAAUUUAUUGGAUGUGGCAGAAACGAUCGUUUUAAUUACGUAGUAAUGUCUAUACAAGGAAAAAAUUUAGCAGAGCUACGUAGAUCUAUGCCAAGGGGGCAAUUCACUUUAUCGACCAGUAUGAGACUCUGCUCUCAGAUACUAACCAGUAUACGAGCAAUUCAUGAAGUAGGGUUCUUACAUCGCGAUAUUAAACCAUCUAAUUUUGCCAUGGGCCGUACAGUGGAGUCGGCUCGUGUCGUAUAUAUGCUGGAUUACGGUUUAGCUAGGCAAUACACGAAUUCCACAGGGAGUGUUAGAACCCCAAGAACAGCUGCUGGCUUCCGAGGAACGGUAAGAUAUGCCUCAAUCAAUGCUCAUAAGAGCAGGGAAAUGGGUAGACACGAUGAUCUAUGGUCAUGGUUUUAUAUGGUCGUAGAAUUUGUACAAGGUGGUUUACCAUGGCGGAAGCUUAAAGAUAAAGAGCAAGUUGGAAACUUGAAAGAAAAAUACGAUCAUAAAGCUUUCUUAAAGUACUUACCGUCCGAAUUCUCUGAUAUACUCUCUCAUAUACAGCAGUUAGAUUACUAUGAUGAACCUGAUUACGAUCAUUUGUCGGAGAGAUUAGAAAAUAUACUCUCAAGAAAACAUAUUCUAUGUGCCGAUCCUUUAGAUUGGGAAAAGUCAUCUUCAACAAUAUCUGAAUCUCUAUCCAAUAUAACAUUAAAUGGUCAAGGUAGCGUUCAAAAAGAUUCCACAGCAAAUCAACAACAACCCCAACAACAAAGGCCUUCCUCCAUUGCUAUUCUACCUCCAUCGGAUAAUGAUGCCAAAACACCUUUGCAACCUCAGAAGUUAAUUAAUAUCGAGAAUGCAAAGCGAACACUUGCUAGUAUUGACAGAGAUAUAGAUAGAGAUAUUGGAAAAUUAGAUACUCAACUUCGAUCCAUUUUACGACGCGACAGCGACGAAGUUGAAGAAGAUCAACAACCCGGAACUAAAUCAUGUAUGAAACUGUUGACAACCAAAGCCAAGAUCAAAUCAGCAGAUGGAGAAGAUGACGAAGAAGGAAACGUUAAUAAUAAUGUAACUGACGAUGAAAAGCAAAAGAAAGGUAAAAGUGUCAGCAUCAUGUUUGGUGGAGUUGAAGAGAGAUCAUUUACAAAUGCAACUGCUGCUUUGGGAGAUGACAAUGCAACCAAAGCAGCGCCCUACACUGUUGUUAGUCAAAAUAUGUCUUUGGCAUCAGUUUUGGAGGAUGAUAGUGAAGUUGUUCAUAGAGAGAGACCUACAACCAUUCCAACACGAACGAAACCUCCCCUUAUGCCUGUAAAUACGGUAGAACCUUUGGCAAAAUUCCGCGAAGGAUCACUUCGUUAUCUGGACUUUUUAGACAGCGGAACUGGUUCCGAUACAUCAUGCAGUAAACAACGAGAGCCAAUGAAAGCUCUCCCUAUUCAUGGUACUGUUAUUCAGUAUAAUGAAAGAGACGAGAGUGGUACAGUAUCAGUAACUUCUAAAUCAUCUCGUAAUGGAAAGCCUCCUCCGUCUCCUCCUCGUCAUGUCUCUUCGGAGUCAACUUGUACGACCCCUGUGCAAACUCCUCUCUGUAAUGGUUUCACUCAUGAAAAAGAAAAAGAGAGUGAACCUAAAUCUUGCCAGUUAGAUGAAAAAUCCUUGAAAAGUAACUUGUCGAAAAAGUUGGAACCUUCGUCUCCCGAUACAGAGGAGAAGAAAGAGACCAGCAGUGAGAAUGAAAAUAAUAAUGAGGAUAAGUUGUCUCGUUUUACAAGUUUUCCCGCUCCUGAAUUAUCCCAAUCUACACCUGUUCAAUCCAAACGUUCAAACGGAGUGACAAGAAAAAUAGAGAAAUUCGAAGCCCGUUCGAAAAUACCUGUUCCAGCUAGACCUUUGGCUAAAUCCCAAGAAGAACGAGGUCCUGCAGACGGAGAAUCUCCUCGAAUAUCCCCUGAAUUAGAUUCCAAUAAGAAUGAACGUAGACCUAAAUCAGCUUCGGCAGUAGGGCACGAUGAUAACAAAAAUAACAACAACAAAGAGGCAAAAUUUCCAAGACCCCCCGAAACCGAAAUUUCCAGUAAAAUUAUUCUUUUGAACAAAGUUCGAAGUAGAAGAUACAGACCUGCUUCCGGUGUUUCUAGUCCUCAAAGAAAAGAACUCAAGUAGUGUAAACUUAAUUUACAAUGAUAAAUUUUAAUUGGGAAUAUAUACAAAAUAAUCUAUUUAUAAGAUAAAUGAAUUCACAAUGAUACAUGUUUAAUGUUAUAAAUUUCAUACGUAUAAAUUAUGUUAAUUUAUCACUUUAUAAUAUUUUUCCUUUGUUUGUUUUUGGCUUGUAAAUAACUCAAAAAGAGUUUAGUUGAGGAAAAGAAUCCUGAUUUCUUCAUAUGCUAAAAUUAAAUGGGAAUAAAUAUUUAAAAUCUUUGCAAUAAUCGUAAAAGAUAAUUAAAGAAUUUUAAAUACAAAAGUCAAUCUACUCUAAAA